UUUUUUAAAAAAGAACUAAUAUCGUCAUUUAAACAAUUCAAAUACAUAAAUGUGAAUUUUCUAUUAAAUGAUUCCUUUUUAUUAAAUGACUAUGAAACAAGGUAAAUCAGUAUUUGUAAGUAGUAAAUUUCGUAUGUUGAAACGUACGCAUACAAUGCAUGUUGGAUAUACUGGACCGAUGAAUGAACCAUCUAAUCUAUUUGUCGGCUUCACCGUUGCCAUGGAGAUUAAUAUAUCUAGUAGACUAUCCGAUAAAUUGGUCAACGAUUUGAUUAGCAUCUCUUUUCUCUGAUUCAAACUAAAUCGACAUAUUGUAUUUAAUUGAUCUAUAGUAUCCUAUAAUUAUCUUGAUAUUAUAUAAUUAUAAUUAACUGUGUAAUUCAGAUAAUUGAUUUGCAAAACACUUUGGUGUACGUAAUCUUAUUUUAUUAUUUUUACAUUAAACUAUGAGCAUACUUGCAUAGUGAAUUUAAAAUUGAAUGGUAUUUAACUGAAAACAAUAUUGUUCACUAAUAUGUGGUAGCGAAUAUUGAAAAUAAAAUCCACUUUAUAUUGGUUAUUCCGACUGACGUUAAGGACUGCAACUGAUUAGUCUUUUAUUAGCAUAUGUACAUCCUGUGAGAAUUACCUCGAGAUCGUAUCAAGUCAUAAAUAUUCUAAACAGAUGUGUAUGGUCGUUAGUAAUGGAAAACAAGACGCGCGUUUGGUCCUAUAUAGUACACAUCACUUAUAUGUACCUAGACCGUGGAUUUGACCAUCGCUUCGGGACACAAACCUAAAAAC